AUACAACCUCUCCCUUCCAAACUAUAAACACGGGUCGGAUGUGUGUGGGGUAGACCCGAACGACUUUCUUCCGGAGCAGCUUCUGGUUGGGCUCAGAGAGGAUGCUUUUUGUUUCUUCAGCUCACACCUGGAGCAAGGAGUCUGUGAGAGCGUUUUGCUGUUGUUGAAAUCUAGUUUAUUUUAUUUUUUCUUGCGUGCAGCAUUAGAAAGAAAAGUACUUAUCAUCGUGUGACGCUAAAGGAAUGCCAUUGGAAUAUGCGCUUAUUUCGCUCGAUAAUCGGACUUGACGUGCGUUUAGCUCGCGACCUGUAGCGCCACCUGUGACACCGGCGGACACCAGACCAAGACGAUUUGGGUUGCCAGCUGUGGUCAUACCUGGAAGACACGUGCCAGUUCCAGCUGCAAUCAACAUUUUGCUCUGGAAGAACAAGGAGCAGCACACUGAAUUUAGCACAUUAUUUUCAACAGCCUGCUCUUUUUGUGUGUGUGUAUAUAUAUUUUUUUAAUCUUGAUUUGUUCAGUGUAAAACCCCUCAUUGUCACAGGUUGCUGACAGUGCACUAAUAAUCAACUUUCCUCAUCAGAUAAGUGCAGCACGUUCUGAGCGUACGUAGUUUUACGCACUCAGGAGACGCUUGAGCUCGAGGCGAGACCCAGCGCACGGGCAGCUUAAGGUAGCCUACUGUGGGGUGGAAAAGAAGAUAAGCAUAAGCAAAAAGCCGGGUAGCCGAGUCCAGCCAUCAACAUGACGGACGGCGCGAGACAACGUAGCAGCACGUCGGGGUCCGCCAAGGAUGCUGCCGCUGAGAAGGAGUCGGGAGGUGGAGUAGCGCUCAAGAAAGAAAUCGGGCUUGUGAGCGCCUGCGGUAUCAUUGUUGGUAACAUUAUCGGCUCAGGUAUCUUCGUCAGUCCGAAGGGAGUGAUGGAGAACGCCAGCUCCGUGGGUGUUGCCCUGAUCGUCUGGAUCAUCACGGGCAUCAUCACAGCCAUUGGGGCGCUGUGCUACGCCGAGCUAGGCGUCACCAUCCCCAAGUCUGGGGGAGACUACUCCUACGUCAAGGACAUCUUUGGAGGACUGGCUGGGUUCCUGCGUCUGUGGAUCGCCGUGCUGGUGAUCUAUCCUACCAACCAGGCUGUGAUCGCGCUGACGUUUUCAAACUACGUCCUGCAGCCUCUCUUCCCGACAUGCUUCCCGCCGGAGAACGGCCUGCGUCUGCUGGCUGCUGUCUGCCUCUUGCUGCUGACAUGGGUGAACUGCUCCAGUGUUAGGUGGGCCACUAGAGUGCAGGACAUGUUCACCGCCGGAAAACUGCUGGCCCUCGCCCUCAUCAUCAUCAUGGGCAUUGUGCAGAUCUGCAAGGGAGACUACUACUGGCUUGAGCCAGCCAAUGCCUUUGAGCCAUUCCAGGACUAUGAUGUGGGUUUGAUAGCCUUAGCUUUCCUACAAGGCUCCUUCGCCUACGGAGGGUGGAACUUCCUCAACUACGUCACAGAGGAGCUGGUGGACCCCUACGUGAAUCUUCCUCGUGCCAUCUUCAUCUCCAUCCCCCUCGUGACUUUCGUUUACGUCUUUGCCAACAUCGCCUACGUCACGGCCAUGAGUCCCCAGGAGCUGCUCGCCUCAAACGCGGUUGCCGUGACGUUUGGUGAGAAGCUGCUGGGAGUCAUGUCGUGGAUCAUGCCCAUCUCUGUGGCUCUCUCCACAUUCGGGGGAGUCAAUGGCUCCCUCUUCACCUCUUCCAGAUUGUUCUUUGCUGGAGCCAGAGAGGGCCACCUCCCCAGUCUGCUGGCCAUGAUUCAUGUGAAACGCUGCACUCCCAUCCCUGCUCUGCUCUUCACUUGCCUGUCUACCCUGCUUAUGCUGUGCACCAGCGACAUGUACACCCUCAUCAACUAUGUGGGCUUCAUCAACUACCUCUUCUACGGAGUCACUGUCGCCGGGCAGAUUGUCCUUCGUAUUAAACAGCCCGACAUUCACCGACCAAUCAAGAUCAGCCUCAUCUGGCCGGUCAUUUACCUCCUUUUCUGGGCCUUCUUGCUCAUUUUCUCCCUUUACUCUGAACCCGUGGUGUGUGGCAUCGGCCUGGCCAUCAUGCUGACCGGUGUCCCAGUAUAUUUCCUGGGAGUCUACUGGGACAAUAAGCCACAGUGCUUUGACGCCUUCGUUAAUAAGAUGACGUACUUGGGCCAGAAGUUCUGCGUGGUGGUUUAUCCCGACAUGGGUAAGAGCGGUGGGAGCGAAGAGGAAGGAGAGUAAAUGAAGGAGGCCAGGUCUCCUCUGUCCAACGCGGACGUAGACAACCAUCAGUCAGCGGACUUCUAAAGAUUUUAUCUCCCACCUGCCUCAAAAUGAACAGACAUAUGAAGAUGCACACAUGGGUGCGCGCAAACACACAUGCAAACACACCACAGUUUAUAGUGGAUUUACUGAUCAACACUUUGUCUUUCAUAUUGGUAUUUGGUUUUAUAUCAAUCAAUAAUUUUUUGUGCCAAAUAUAACAUGAGGUAUGUAGAGUUAUAUGACGUCAAACCUUUUUGUCUGGGGUCUUUCAGAAGUGCAAUAAAGAAGGUUAGCACCUUCCAACUCCUCAAUACAUGCUUAAUCAGUCACAUGUACUACUCUUCAUCAUCAUCAUCAUCAUCUGCGCACUCCUACUGUAAGAGCAUCAUUUCAUUUUUUGUAUCUUUAUCAAAAGACUCUUACGCUACUGUGAUGGCUACCUUUUCUUUGGUUUGAUUUUUGGUCUUUUUUUUUUGACACAUUGGAAAUGUUGCUUCUUCAUCCAAGCACACCAAAGCUAUAUUUUGAUCCUCAAAGCAGAAAAUCUGAUUCAGAUCAAGUCAUUUGUUGAAGUACACUGUUUUACUGCGUUUAGCUUUUAAAGGUGACUGUGAUUCUGAAAUGUUUCUCCUUUUUUUUUGUAAUUGUGUUAAUUGUUUAUAUCAUUUGUCUUUGUAGUUAUUUUAGUUUUAAUAUUUUAAUUUUAGCUUUGUCGAUAUUCUCUUUUUCUUUUUUUUAUUCAACAUCAUAUACAUCUCGGCCUAUUUUUUUUUACUCUUGCGUACACCUGAAAGCUGAUGUGUCAUCUGUUCUUGUUAAUUGCCUUAAUUAGAAUACAGUCUGUACUUGGGUGUCACUAUAGAUCUGUUUUGUCACUAUAGAUCUGUUUUGACUAGAUCUUUUGUGGAGAGAUGAUUAAUCCUCGAACAUUGGGGUAGUUUUUAUUUUUGUGGAAGUAACAAAAAAACUAUAAAAAAGUGGUUCUUGUGUGGACAAUACACUGACAAUUAACUUGUUAAAACUGCAAGUCCAGCAUGGACAUAGACAACUAAAAUUAAUAGGCAAGACGUGCAUUGUUAAUACGCAAACCCCUACACCGACACAUGUGAAUGCCUGCGUGAAAAACAGUUUUAAAGAGGCAUUGAUUGUCUUACAUGUUUUAUGGAAGAAGUGUUUUUGUAGCUUAACAUCUAGCUGUGUCUAAAUAUGUUUUUGUUCUUUUUUUAGGGUGUAGAAAUUAGAGCUUCACACUAAAUAUUUUUUAAUUCAAUAGAAGACAUUUUUAGUGCAAUAUUAGUAUAGGCAUCAGCAAAAACUGAACAUGCACUCUUGAAUAAACCCAAUCUUUCUGGUUUGGUAAUAGUUAUGUAUCUAUACUUAUAUUGUAUAAUAUAGUAACAACACUCCUGCACACAUAAACACACAGUAUGUACUCUUGUGUCCUCCUUUCUGUAAUCUAUUAGUGUCUCAGGGCGUCCCCACUGCCUUCUGCUUAAAUACACUUGCCUAAAACACUUUAGACCCUAACAACUUGAGAUCUGAUUGAUUGAUAUUUCUGUACUGGUGCUUUUAGAUUUGUAUUUCCUCAGGAGUCCAUGUUUUACAGGCAAUCCCAAGACAAAAAUCUUACAGAGGUAAAUCAAUCUAACUAUAAAGAAUAAUUAAAGUUGGGCCAGUAUUGUGAAAGUUUCUUUUGUUGAACUGUAAGGGGAACAGGAGUCUUGGAUGUCUUUAUAAGUUCAAUGAUUGUGUUUUGUGCCUGUAUGGUUAUUGUGUAUUUACAGUAUACACACGUCAUGGAAGUCUGUAUAUUGUGUCAAAUAAAAACCACUGACUAAGGUGUGAAUUUGUAA